CCACGUGUGUGCUGCUGGCUGGAUGGCCAAGGGCAGAGUUGGCUAUCCCAUCGUCAAAGCCGGAGCCAACUGUGGYUUUGGAAAGACUGGAAUUGUCGAUUAUGGAAUUCGGCUCAACCGGAGCGAGAGGUGGGACGCCUACUGCUACAACCCCAACGGGAAAGAGUGUGGAGGAGUGUUCACAGAUUCCAAACACGUAUUUAAGUCACCAGGCUACCCAAAUGAGUACGAGAACGAGCAGAUUUGCUACUGGCACAUCCGAGUCAAGUACGGCCAGAGGAUCCAGCUGCAGUUCCUGGAGUUCGAUGUGGAGGAUGACACYGCCUGCAUGGCCGAUUUCCUGGAGAUCUACGACAGCUACGACGACAUCAAUGGCUUUGUGGGCAGGUUUUGUGGAGAUGAGUUACCAGAUGACAUCAUUAGCACAGGCAAUGUGAUGACACUGAAGUUCCUGACGGAUGCCUCGGUGACRGCGGGCGGGUUCCAGAUCAGAUACACCACCCUGGAUCCUGCCAGGCCAGGGGAUGGCAAAAACACCACAUCCCCAGGGAAAACAAACUUCCUAGCAGGAAAAUUCGGGAUUAUGUGAGCCAGAUCUAGAAAUAGAGUSAACCCAGUUCAGAUAUUUGUGUCUUCUGUAAGAUAUUUUCACAUSUCUUUCUGAAUUGUUCUCUCCGGCUUUUUUUAUAAGUUUUGUUAAUAAACUACACUAGGAAAUAAAUUAUAAAAUAUACUUACGUGAAGAAUAGAAAACUAUUUUUAGAAUACAAGUACUGUAAAAAUCUGAAGAAUUCACUGCUACCAAAGACUUUAAAGAUUAUUUUUCUAUUCAAACUGUUUCUUCUCUGCACUUCUUGCACCAUUGGAACAAAAUUUUUGCGUGACUGUUCCAAUUAUUCUUAAAUUUAACAGGCUUUUCUUUCCUUAUUUUCCUUGAUUUCCACAUAUUUAUUUUUUAGACUGUUUCUUUGUUUUUUCCUGUUCUCUGCACAUAUUUUUUUUUUAAAUUAACUGAUUUUCUUGACUCUAAGGGCCUUUAGGCUAAGCUUAUUUUUAAGACACAUCUUGUGGAUGGCCUGGCAGCCCUCACCCAUGUGAAGAUUUGGAAGCAGCACAAAAGAGACCAAUUGGAAAACACUUUAAUUUUAUUAUCAGCUCAAUCAAUGGAUUUUGUCAGCRUUCCCUCAUCCAGAGAAGAGCUGUUGAAGUCCUUUCACUUCUCUGAUUACACUUUUUAAAUGAAUGACUKCCUGAUGAGAAUAAAAGUGGUGAGAUGAAGCAUCAGGAGAAAUUUCUCCCCGAGCACCAGCACAUUCAGAGGACACUACUGAGGUGUUGAAUGCUGUUUACACUGGUUAAGACUGUUCAAGUUGAAAUUUGAAACUUAAAAUGAGGAACUGAAAUCCUUCUCCAUAUGUUUUUAACUGAAGCAGCAUUAAAGCUACCUCUGUUUUAACCACACCGUGUUUGCAAUGAGUUGCUUUUAUUUCUU